UGCACACACUGCUGCCUGAGUACACUUUAUUUUUCAGUGCUUGAACGCGUGAACUUUGUGCUUACCGGGCAGUCCCCCUACCCACCCCAUAAAUCCAUAAAUAGAGAAGGAGACUUUAUGCAGAAAAAUGGAUUUUCAACUCAGAAAUGUGCUUCCAGGUGGUGCUCAGUGAAUGAGUCUGAGGCGUGGAUGUGUGCGGUAACACAAAGUGUGAUCCAGAGGAGACUCUGCAGGAGAAAACGCUGAGCAUUCAUUUGCUGGAGUUUCAGUAAAUGACAAGGAGUCCUGAAUUCUUUGAGCAGAGAGUACUCAUGAGGCUGUGACGAGGUAAGUAAAGUUGUAGAUCUCUGAGUUGUGAGAUGGAGGAAGCAUACAGAGAACUGUACCAGGAGUUUCUUCGCCUGAGAUCCCUUUGCAUGAAACAAGCAGCUCUACUACAUGAAAUCACAACGGCCCUGCAGAACCAGCAAGGUAACGUGGUUAGUAACGGAGACCUGGGUGCCAUGGUGUCCAUUCCCAUUCAGUGUACACAUCAAAUAUGUGCACCACUCCAUGAGCACUCUCAGUCAUCGGCAUCCUCAAACCACAGUGCCACAGCACAGCAUGGGUUCCAUGACCUAUCAAACAAAAUGGGGGUGUUCUCUGAUGUCCUGACUGAAGACAUGUCCAAGCUUGGUGUGGCUGUGCACCAUCAGAGAAAGGAUGAUGAGAGAAGAUCCUUGUCAACACUGAACACCUCCAGACAGAAUAGAGCAUCUUUCUGUGUCUCAAAGAGUCCAGCACCAUCACAUGAUCUCAGAGGAGGCGAGACACCGCAAACAGCAAGAAUGGCUGUAGUGGACCGCCCGUCCCCGUUGGGUGAUGUUCUGAGCCAGUCUGAUAGGCCAUUCAUGUCGGAUGUGGCUCUACAGUCACAUGUUUGCGAAUUUUGUCAAGCUGUGUUCCCUGGAGACUCAACCACUAAAGGAGAGUUUCUUCAACAUCUCUGCACUCAUGUGAACUAAAGUGAACAGUUUCUUCUCGACCUCACGUGGAUUGUGUUUUUUUUUUAUGUCACAUGGUGCAUUGUAUCACUGUUGAACAGCAUUUAAUGUUCAUGAACAAUAAAGACAGUAAUCUCGAGAUAA